UUAAAAUCAUUUACCUGUGUCUCAUGAAUUUAAUCUCAAUUUUUAGCUUUAAAUAUGCAGCUAUAAUCGAAUAUAUAAAACCUGACUGUUUUGACAUUUAAAUAUUUCUUCCUUCAUUCACCGAAAGUGCUAUAUUUGUUUGAAUUCAAUAAUUUGGAAACAUAAAAACAACCUGAAAAUGGAGAAAGAAGCGACAUACAUUUGUGACCGUUGCAAAGAAAACUCAGAUGCCAGUGAAAAUAAAUCAAAAAAUUAUCGCUGGCUUGUUUCAAUAAAAACCAUAUACCAGUGUGCUAAAUGUUCGAACUAUUUUAAUAUAGGAUUCAGAGUUACGGAUAAGAUAUCAUUGAUUGAUGCAUCGAAAAAUUCAGAGCUAGAAUUAAUUGCCGCGCAAAGUGAAAAUGUGAAUGCGGAUGAAGGUUCCAGAAAUGAAGACAGGAUACAAGAAAGCCAGCCAGUCGAAUUAAAGAAAAAACCGUACAAGUGUGAUGUUUGCCUUCGAACCUACAUGACUCAAAAUAGUCUUCGACACCAUAAGAAAGUACACGAUGAGAAAAAUCCUUUUAGAUGCAAGGUAUGUCAAACGCAAUGCACAUCGAAAGCAAAUUACAACAAACAUUUAAACAAACAUUCCAACCGAAGACGUUAUAAAUGCAAUUUUUGUACUUCGGCCUUUAAAUUUCAAUGUAGUCUUCAGGCCCACUUGAAUAUACACGAUGACAAGAAUCCUUUCAGGUGUGAAUUGUGCAACAAGAGUUGUACUAGUCAAAGAGAACUUGAGAGACACAUAACCAGUCAUUCGAAUGAAAGAAAUUUCAAGUGCCCUUUGUGUCCUUCGAUGUUUAAAACUAAAAAUAACCUUACUACGCACAUGAACGUACAUAAAGAACAGAAUCCUUUCAGGUGUGAAUUGUGCAACAAGAGUUUUGCUACUAAACACUCACUUGAAUGUCACAUGUCCAGUCAUUCGAAUGAAAGACCUUUCAAGUGUACUGUAUGUCCUUCGAUGUUUAAAACUAAAAGUAAUCUUAUUAAUCAUAUGUACAGGCAUAAAAAGCAGAAUCUGUAAAGAUGUGAAGAGUGUAAUAAGAACGACCGUUCUACAAACCAUCUCAAAACGCACAUGAUGUCUCAUUCCGACGCAAGGCCUUACAAGUGUCAU